AUGCCUGGCAUUGCUCCAGGUGAACCUCCUAUUCUAUACCUUAUUGUGAUUGAUGAUGUGUGGACAAAGGAUGCAUGGGAAUAUUUUAAAUGUUGUUUUGUGCAGAAUAAUCGUGGUAGUAGAGUUUUAAUAACUACAAGGAUUGAAGACGUAGCUAAGGCAUGGGAUCCUUGUUUCGAUGGUCAUGUCUACAGGAUCAAACCUCUUUAUGAUUUAGACUCUAAGAGGUUAUUUCACAGAAGGAUUUUUGGCUCUGAAGAUGCAUGCCCUGAGCAACUAAAGGCUGUUUCUGAUGAAAUUCUGAAGAAAUGUGGAGGGUUGCCAUUAGCCAUACUUAGUGUUGCUGGUAUUUUGGCUAGUCAUGAAGAGGUAAACUCAAAGCAAACUUGGGAGAAGAUAAAAAAUUAUUUAGGUUUCCAACUGGAAAGAAACCAUGGUUUUGGAUCCAUGAGGCAUGUCUUUAAUCUUGGUUACAACAAUUUAUCUCUGGACCUGAAGACCUGUAUGCUCUACCUUGGUAUAUUUCCAGAAGACUCUGAAAUAAUCAAGGAUGAUUUAAUGAACAGAUGGAUAGCUGAAGGUUUUAUUACUAAGAAGCUUUUCUCUGGUCCAGAGGAGAUUGCAGAAAGUUACUUCAAUGAGCUCAUCAAUAAAAACAUGAUCCAGGUAGCACGUAUGGAUGACUGUGGACAUGUGCUUUCUUGCCGAGUGCACGAUGUAAUGCUUGAAUUUAUCAUGUUGAAGGCCGCAGAAGAGAACUUUGUUACUAUAAUCAACGAUCUACAAAACACGAGAGGCAGUUUGAAAGCUCGUCGGCUAUCCCUCCAAGUCAGGAAUUCAGGGUGCAACAACCAUGCUCGGGAAGACAUGGAUGUCAGCCAAGUUAGGUCGUUGAACUUUUGGGGGCCUGCUGAAUGCAUGCCUUCUCUGUCAAAGUUCCGGCUAGUACGAGUUGUACAUCUUGAUGUCAAUGACUCCGAGGAUGACCAAUGUGAUAUGUCUUCCUUCUGCAAGUUUUUCCAGCUGAAAUACUUGAGGAUCAGAGGCCUAGGUUGUAGGAAACUUCCAAGACAGUUGCGUAGCUUGCAACAUUUGGAGACACUGGAGAUACACCCAGGAAAGACGACAACAAUGAAGAUAGAUGCUACCAAGUUGCCCCCAACGUUGUGGCACCUGGUUGUCCCAUCAACGGUGAAGAUGAUUGGUGCAAUGGAGAGUAUGACAGCCCUCCGUACGCUGGCUCUGGGUAAACUCGAUGUAGUACAUCCCAAAGAUGCGGAGAAGAUCAUCAAGGGUCUCGGUGAGCUUGCCAAUCUACGGGAGCUGAAGCUAUCCUUGUCCCACUCUUCCUCUCAAAUAGCACAGGUUGUGGGUGAUCUUCUGCCCUCCUCUCUCGGUAGGCUCAGCAACCUUAAGUCACUAAUUAUCGGUGGCUCAUUUGCUAUUCAUGAGGAUGCAUUGACUCGAUGGCACACACCUCCACGCCAUCUUCGGAGGCUGCACGCGCUGGUAUGCCCCUUCUCCACAUUUCCAACAGGUUGGAUCACCCAGCUCGACAGUCUCAGGAGCUUGGAGAUCAAGGUUGUGUCGCUGCCAAGGGAUGGUGCCGAGGUUCUUGCCAGGCUGACAUUACUGGUGCACCUUAGGUUGCAUGUUGAUAAACAUGCUCCCGAAGAAGGUGUCGUCAUCCACCGUGCAGCGUUCCCUCAUCUAAAGGAGUUUUGGUUUGCAUAUCAAGUGCCUUGCCUCAUGUUCGAGGCAGGGGCCAUGCCCGGGCUUCAGAGCCUCACUGUGCAGUGCUACGCUAGCGCAGAGCGGCAAGCCGAUGGUGUGCUUGAUGGUAUCGAGCACCUGGGGAGCCUCAAGUUAUGCAGAGUGGAUAUUGCUGUCUUUGGAGGAAUAGGAUUGCAAGCUGCGUUUGUGCCAAAGAAAGAGGUUCAAAGGUGGAACAAGCAGGAUCUGCAGGCAGCUUUCAGGAUGGCCAUCAACAAACAUCCUGGCAGUCUUGAUAGUAGAAUUCGACCUGUGUGUAGUGGAGUCGGGCCAAGUGACUACUACACAUUUUAAUGUUCUGUAGAAGAUGAGUUUAUAUGAUGAACAUGUGAAGGUACACCAAGGACUAUGCUAUCCAAAAUUCCAAACCCAUGGAAGACAUGGAAAUAUCCUAUCCAUAAAGAUUGGUACCAAUAGUACUGUGAUGCCGAUCAAAAUUUAUCAGGACACUGUUGGGAGUCCUUCAGUUUUAUGCAGAUAAAAGCAAGCCAGUACAUUAUUUAACUUUAUGCUUCUUGUUGUCAAAUACCACCUAUUUAUUAUUUUCCAAUAUUAGGACAUGCUGGAGAGAUCUGAUUAAGAUCUGUCUGUGCAUGUUUGUCAUCAAUAGAUAAUAUGAUGAGAACAUGU